CACACUUAUUGUUCAAUAAUAUCAGAAAAACAUUGAAUACAUCAGCAACAUACAGUAUAAAGCCAUGUUAUGGCAUGUAAUACUGGCAGGGGUCACUCUGCUGUACAGUUACUGCUUUUACAUUGCUGCUAAUGAAAUUAAAUCCAGAAUGACGGGAACUGGGUACUUUUACUGAUAUCUCAAUCCUUGAUCCAUGACUAAAACACUUUCAGUGUUCUAGGUGGCAGGCCUACAUUUAUUGAGCAAGUGAAAUGAUUAUGCAUCAGCUGAGCUGUAAUCCGGCGCUGCAAAUUAGGCCUCCUAUCGUUAAUUCAGGGGGAAGUAGGUUACCGUUUGUCCCACAGCAGUCGUUGGGGAUGUGACAUUUUACCAGCUGCCUUGUUCUAAAUCCUGUUAGACUAGACAGUGAUUCUGCCUGACCAAAUUGUCAGACGGUCCCUAACUCGGGCAGGCUGAGUAGUUGAUGCUGGAUCGCCGAGCAGCGGCAGCAGCAGCAGUAGCAGGAGCGGCAGCGGCUCAGUCUGUCAGUCCGUCGCUGCAGUCCGACAGAGCGGCCAGUCAUCAACAUCCUCCCUGCGUCCGCGGAGCUAUAACGGUAUGUGACUCUGAGCCGACUGUGGACCCGGAGCUGGCUGCGACAGUGUUGCAUUCAUGGACACGAGGACACCUGCUACAGCGACUUCUUCCAAACGGCGGACCGGGAAUCCUGACUGGCAUCGAUUUUCACCGAGCAAAUGAGAAAGGAUCGUCAUGACCGUUUUCCUGCAGACCAGCCACUCCUUCACUGAGGGACCUCGGCCCUUUCUGGUUUCUGGACUUAUCAAUGCAGGGAUGAGAUAAUAAAGUGGACCACCUAGUGCAUGCUGCUACAACAACAUCUGUGGCACCUGUUAACCUACCCCCACCCGCCCUCCUGACUCCUCCCCCACGCAAACUACAUUUCUACAGUCGCAACAUGACGACACCGGCUCUCCUGCCACUGUCGGGCCGCAGGAUACCCACUCUGUCGCCGGGCGCCUCCUCUUUCCCGCACCACAGGGCCACGUUGAGGCUCUCCGAGAAGUUCAUCCUCCUCCUUAUUCUCAGUGCCUUCAUCACCUUAUGCUUCGGGGCCUUCUUCUUUCUCCCGGACAAUUCCAAGCACAAGCGCUUUGACCUGGGCUUGGAGGACGUGCUCAUCCCUCAUAUUGACUCGCCCAAAGAGGGGAAGCACGCCUCUGGACAGGUGGUCAUACAUGGACAGGGAGGACAUGAUGAGCACAGACACAGGGAGGAGGAGGAGAGCCUGCGGGACAAGAUUCGGGCAGAUCACGAGCGAGCGCUGCAAGAGGCAAAGGAGAAGCUGAGAAAGUCACGUGAGGAGCUGCAGGCUGAGAUUCAGACAGAGAAGAGCAAAGUGAUGGAGGACCUGAAAAAGAAGGAUGCAGGGCCUAAACCCUUGCCACCCGUCCCCAUGCCCAAAGUGGUGGGCGUCAGUGAUGGCGAGCCACCAGAACCUGACGUCAAAGAGAAACGUGACAAGAUCAGAGAGAUGAUGAAGCAUGCCUGGGACAGCUACAGACAGUAUGGCUGGGGUCACAACGAGCUGAAGCCCCUCGCAAAGAAAGGACAUUCCACAAAUAUCUUUGGCAAUUCCCAACUAGGGGCGACCAUUGUGGAUGCGUUAGACACCCUCUACAUCAUGGGUCUGCACGAGGAGUUCAAGGACGGCCAGGAGUGGAUUGAACAGAAUCUGGACUUCGGUGUGAAUGCCGAGGUGUCAGUAUUUGAAGUCAACAUUCGUUUCAUCGGAGGACUCCUGGCUGCCUACUACCUCUCUGGACAGGAAGUAUUCAAGCUGAAGGCGGUCCAGCUAGCUGAAAAGCUGCUUCCUGCCUUUAACACCCCCACAGGAAUCCCCUGGGCCAUGGUCAACCUUAAGAGCGGUGUUGGGCGUAACUGGGGCUGGGCGUCAGCUGGCAGCAGCAUCCUGGCUGAGUUUGGGACUCUCCACAUGGAGUUUGUUCACCUCACCUAUCUGACGGGGAACCCUGCCUACUACCAGAAGGUGAUGCACAUCCGGAAGCUGCUAGCCAAAAUGGACAGACCCAACGGGCUCUACCCAAACUACCUGAAUCCCCGCACCGGCCGCUGGGGUCAACAUCACACCUCAGUUGGUGGACUCGGGGACAGUUUUUACGAGUACCUGCUGAAGGCGUGGCUCAUGUCAGACAAGACGGAUACAGAAGCCCGCAAGACCUAUGAUGACGCCAUCGAGGCCAUUGAGCGCCACCUGAUACGCAAAUCCAACGGCGGUCUGACAUUCAUUGGUGAGUGGAAGAAUGGCCACCUGGAGAGGAAGAUGGGCCACCUGGCCUGCUUCGCCGGCGGCAUGUUCGCGUUGGGUGCUGACGGCUCGCCCGACGACAAGGCAGGACACUACCUGCAGCUGGGAGCCGAGAUCGCACACACCUGCCACGAGUCCUACGACAGAACGGUGUUGAAGCUCGGCCCGGAGGCCUUUAAGUUCGACAGCGGCCUGGAGGCAGUUGCUGUACGUCAGAAUGAGAAGUACUACAUACUGCGGCCUGAGGUGAUCGAGACAUACUGGUACAUGUGGAGGUUCACCCACGAUCCCAAAUAUCGGCAGUGGGGCUGGGAGGCAGCACAGGCCAUUGAUAAGUACUGCAGGGUGAGCGGCGGUUUCUCCGGGGUGAAGGACGUCUACUCCUCCAACCCGACCUACGAUGACGUGCAACAGAGCUUCUUCCUGGCCGAGACGCUCAAGUAUCUGUACCUGUUGUUCUCCAGCGACGACCUGAUGCCGUUUGAGAGUUGGGUCUUCAACACGGAGGCUCACCCACUUCCUGUCCUCCACCUGGGCAACAUCACCCUGCCCGGCAGCGAGCCAGCUCAGCGGUAGACAGACGGGACCUCCGCCUCUUCCUCCGCCUCCUCCUCCUCCUCCUCCACAGCACCAGGGGGCUCCACCCAAAAACCCACCCACCUGAACACUGGACAAACUUAUAUUCAGCUCUACAAACUCAACUGCUUUUGGACUGCAGGCGUCAACCAGAGGGGACGGAGAGAAAGCCUCGGGCACAGACCACUGCAGCGUGGAGGGGUCGCUGAGUCUCCCUCUCUUUCUUCUGCGUUUUACUCUACGACUCUCUGUGGAUCUCUCUGUCUUCUCUGCUUAUAUCAGACAGACGGUGGGUUUGCUGCUCAGCCUCGCGAUUGGCUUGAAUCGACUCUUUUCUCUGAAGGACCGAGCUCCAAAACCGGAAGCCUAACUUAGUUUUUUGUUAUUAUUUUUAGUGGUUAUUUGAGAUUUGACCAAACUUUGCUCCCAUACUGACUCGAGCUGAGGCACUGAGAGUGCGUAUGGGCUUCUGUGAAGGAUCAGUCAGUUUGACACUGCACUGAUGGAAGUGUCUUUGUUUUUUUCCCAGGCAGACAGACUUGAGGACUCUACAGGGUCUGUUGAUGAGGUGUUUUUUUUGUUUUGUUUUGUUUUGUUUUUUUGUUCGGACAAAUCGUUUAUUGGGGACACAGGGUUGAAUCAGAGCCCUCCGCUUCUCCGCUCUAUCCAACCCCUCCCCAAUCCACUUCCUGUUUAAUCUUCAUCAGAUGAACUUUGCCCCGGAACUGUUAGCAGCUCGUCGCAUCAUCAGUGCGAGGGUGGGUUGUGUCAGCAGUCUCCACCUCCUCCUCUAAUCCUCCUCUUUCAGAGAAGUGGACCAUUGUAAGUGGAACAGUAAUGACCCAGGGAGCAGCAGCAGGCCUCCCCAUCUCCACUCCUCCCCUCAUCCAUAUCUUUUCAGUUUUCUUCCUCCAGAUAGUCGUCGGGUCACAAAACUCCCCCCAAAACAUCCUGCUGCUACAAGUUCUCUGUCCUCCUCCUUUUUCUCUGUCCGCACCUUCGCAGUCUUUCAUCCUCAGCUUCUCCACCCUCCUCUCAUCUCCUCUGUUCUCUCAUUUGCCACCUUUUCAUAAAUCACUCCGAACCAUUUCAGCUCGUACAAUGUGAGACGAGGCUAGAACCCAACUGCGCUAAUGUAUGUGAGUGUGUGAGCGCGUGCGUGUGUUUUUAAAAUAACCUCUGCUGUAAAUCAUUCAUUUGUGCACUUUGUAUGGAAAGACUAUGAAGAAGAAGCCGGUGGAGGUGUAGCACUGAGAGAGCUGAAUAAAUGAAGAGUCUGCUGUGUGUCCCUGCGGAGCUCCAAUGCCACAUUUUCCCUGUUUGACCCCACAUCACCAGAACUCUUCCUGGUGUUAAAAUUCACCAUCAUUUUCUACAGUUACUCUUUUAUUACCUGCUUUUUAUCUUGAAUUAUUUUACCGUCUCCUCGCUCCUCCGUUUUUACCUCUACCUCUCCUGUCCACAGUGAAAUGUCAGUGUUCCCACAUGACUCUGACACAUCUGCUCAUUUAGGAAACUUUAACUUUAUGUCCAGCCGUUGGAUAGUCUCAUAAAAGUUUUGCUUGGAAAUCACAAAGCUAUUUUGGAUAGAAAUGUGUUUUUUCGAUUUCAGAGUCAGAAAGCUGCAACUGGUUCCCUUGGUGUUGUGUUGUUUAGUGACCAAUCAUAACCAGCUACUGUACAUUGAUUUGACCCUGUGCAUCUUUUUUUUUUUUUUUCCAAACUGCCUAAUGUCCUCAUCAUAUCAUAUCAUCAGUCAAUCAUUAAAAUCUUGUUAUGUGAUGAAAUUGGGGUCUGGGCGAAGUCAGAAACGACACAAAUCAAGAAAAAAUGUUGGCUGGUUUAUACAAUUUGAAUAACGUAACCUUUGCUAAUUGUUAUUUUUCCUCCUCUCUGCAAGAGUUUGACAGUCAGAAUAUUUUACUCACUCCGUGUGGUGCCGUUUAUCAAGAGCUUGGCCUUGUUGAGAGAAGUCAGAGUCGGCACAACGUGCUGUCUGCUCAGUCGCCAGCAUGUUUCUGCCUCCACUUAUCGCUCCUGUGACAACACUCUCUGUUCCAUCCAAAGCUGUGUGAUGCGAGGGAUAUACCGCUCAUGUUACAUAAAUUACAGCCUGUUAAAAAAAACAUUUUCUUAGCAAACAACCAAAACAACUCAGUUCUGAAACUCUCGUCCCUGGUGACAGACAGGAUUCACACAUCUCAGUUCAAUGUGCCCGACCUGCCCGAUCGAGACUCUUAUGCUCCAAUCCAAACUCACUGGCAACCAAUAAGAGAGCAGAUGCAGUCAUUCAUUUGAAUUAGAUGCUACAGGUUCUGUCCAACUCAAACACAAACCUCCACACAUUCAUUAAAUAUAGUUUUACUGCAAGUGUUUCUCCAGUGUCCAACACUUGCUCCUAUUUCUGUUUGAUGUCAAUAAAUUUGAAGUGAAAUUUGUUGUAGCAGAAAUAACAUCUGACUGCAGCGUCACACACGACAGCCACUUUUGCUCUACCAAUGCACCAUGAUCCUCCCAAAGAUUAUGUCUUGAUGCAGAAAACAAAUUCAACAUGUAUAAAGACAUGAUUGCCUGUAGCAAAGUUGUAUGGCUGAACCAAUCAGAUGGUGAAACAUAACUGGGCAAAAAGUGGAGGUGUAACAGUGAGCAAAGAUAAUAGAAGUACAUUCAUCUGUAUUUUCAUUGUAUGUCAUUACAAGUAGGAAGUAGUCACACUUGGAGAAAAGAUGCAUCUUGUAUAAAAAUCCAACAUUUUGAUCUAUCUUUAAUCUCUUUAAACACAUCAUAGCCCUCUGAAUCAAAUCACAAGGGGCCCAAAGAACUGUGACGUUUGUAGCUUAACCGCAGGAAAUGUCCACCAGCAGGGAGACAAGAUGGCAGCCGAGAGGCGUCGGGAUGUUAAGUGAAGGCAAAACUAUUAAUGAAAAUAGUCGCCGUACUUUCCUGCUUGAAUGACUGAGACCUGCUGGCUUGAUAUUCCAACAAUACAAUGAAGAUUUACUCACCACUGCUAACACCAGUGUCAAACACGCCAUCCUCCAUCUCUCUGACUCACCAUCCAUGUUUGUAGGGAGUCAACCUGAUUAUGUGUUCUUCAGAAGAAAGUCUCCAAGCAGAAAAUAGGAUUAAUGAUGGGCUCAUUAGACCUAUAUAAUGUGUGUGUGGGUGUGUGUGUGUGUGUGGGUGUGUGUGUAAGAGAGAGUUUCAAAAUGUCGCUGGGUUACUGGUUUGUGUGACAUGAAUCUACAAUGCGACCAACCCUGCAUAUCACCUGACUGAAGAGUGGGAGUUGCACCAAGAACUGCGUGUGUGAUUCUUUUCAAGCCUUAUUGUCAGAUUUGACGCCUUGGCCAUGACUGUGCUUUUCUCACACUCUUUGCUUUGUGCUUUGUAAUACAUCAUUAUGAGGUGAAUCCCUCUUGAUUUUUUUUUUUUUGCACACACAUCGUCUGUCCUCUGCCGUGCAGAUAGGUUGAAACUGUGAUGGGAAGUUGACAGCAGACUUGUAAACAGGCCACGAUGGUUUACGUGAACUGCUCGGAUCAUCGGAUGACGGAAAAAGGCGUCGCUGUUUUGUUUGCUGCCACGUGACUAAAAGUUGUUGAAAUGUAUCACGAGGCUGACUUACUAACUGCUUCCUGUAUCGGCACAAAAAAAAAUCCGGCAAUAGAUCGUAUUCUCAUCUGCAGGUGAUUAUUAACACGACUGACUGUAGAAGUGGAAAAAGACAACAGGGAUCAAAUUGAGUGAUUGAGAAGUUUGAAGCUGCAGCCGCUGGCCGUGUGGCUCCUUACUGUCGCCUCUGCAUGCUGUUACCUCGAGCGAGGCUCUAAAAGAAAGAUAUACAGGAAGUUCAGAUUUCACGUACGAGGCUGAAGGAAUUAUUUUCUAAUUGUCACAUUUCAUUAAAAGACCAAACAAUGAAUGGAUCCUACUGGAAAGUAUUGUGUGUUCAGGCAAGGCCUGAUGAAUCUCCUCGUCGUCUCGGCCUCAGAGCUCUUCUUCUAAAAACAUCAAUGAACCAUGAGAAUAAGUGUUGGCAGUGCACAUUUCGGCAAACCACAGAUAUGGUGAAACCUUAAAGUUCUUCAUGUUGCAACUUUAUGUGUCUUCAGAUCAGUGUCCAGUUGACAACGUUGUGCACAUGCUCUGGUUAGGUUAAGACACAAAAACACUUACCUGUUUUGGUUGCCAUAAACACAGUCAAAGAUUCCCUGAAGUCUCGAUAGAAACACACAGCAGGACAAGAUCCCAGUGCUCCUUGAAAACAUUCGGUAAUUUCACGCUUACAAAUUUUGACACAGCGGCCAUCUUGCCUUCCUGUCUCCCGACAGGACAGUCACCAUAUGUACAUAUAUGUAUUCUGAACAUGAUCCGACAUCCAUCAUAUAAAAGUGGAUUUAGUUGUAUGACCGAAACAAAUUUAACAUUAGCUGCCAGCUAUUUAUUCUAGCGCACACGCAUUGUAGUUUAUUUUGAGACACUGUUGCUUCCAGAGAUACUCCAUUACUAACUAAAUGAAUUACUUUAAAAACGUAACUACAUAUUUGAGAGCUGUUUUAAAUGUUUUCAUCUUCAGUGAAUGAACUUGGAGCUGAGAGCCACAGACAGGAGGGAAGUCAGAAGUUGGCUUUGGUCUUUUGAUGGAAUUGGAUGACGACGAUAUAGAAUAAUUACAUAUUUAAUAAUAGAAAGAUGUCUUAAUAUCAAAGUGUUAAUUGGAUUGCAGGAGGCAAAAUUACUUUUAUGUUCAGUUCAUAAAAUCUUUUCACCAACAACACUUGUCCUCAGUUUGUGGUUGAAGGCUUCGGGGAACGUCCCACAGCGAUCCUCCUCAGCACCGUUCAGACCGGUGUAUGUACAGGAGAUAGUCCGCCCAGUCAGCACUUUUUAAUCCCUGCGUCAUUAAUCCACUCCAUCUCCGCCUCUGUCUUUCGUCUGGCGGCCGGCAACCUACAGUCCAUUCAUUCAGUACAGUCUUGGCUGUCACCCCGCCCCACCCCCAACCCCUUCUGACUUCACUCGGUCAUCAUCGCCACCUAUUUCUGAUAGGGAGGGAGCCCAGGCGAAACCUGGGCGGCCAUCGAGUCGCUGGGAGCAACGCUGAUUUUGAAAAAUUGAGUGUUCUGUAUUUGUAUUUUUACUGAACUAAAAAAUACAAUUAAAGUAUCUGUAAAUAUGUUUAAAACUGAGACACAAAUUCAAUAAAGAUGUUAUGAAAAGUGA